GAUAAAUUGGUGCACUAUUUCCCAGUAACCACUACUGAACUGAAGAUGUUUGGGACACUGUAUGUCUUUGUGCUCUUGUGUGCUGCACAGUUCGUAGUGGGUGAACAAAUACAAAAACUUUACGAUCCACUCACAGGCCCUAAUUGCGGAAAAAGCUUGUUCCUUCCUGAAGACAAAGAUCGAAUUGUUGGAGGAGGGUAUGUCAAGCAUGGAAUGUAUCCUUGGAUGGUAUCUUUGUAUGAGAAACAGGGAAGCAGUCCUUUCAAACAUGUAUGUGGUGCUACUGUUUUGAAUGACCGUUGGAUCGUGACGGCGGCACAUUGUAUCGACUACAAAACUGCACCUUGGAGGUACGAAGCUUACAUUGGACUUCACAAAUUGAGUGAAACAACUCAUCCAAUAGUCAGACGCCUUAAGAUUUCACACAUCUAUGUCCAUGAAGAUCACAACAAAUACACGCACACCAAUGACAUUGCUCUAUUGAAGACCGCCGAUCCCAUUGACAUUUCCAGCUCAGAUGGGUACAUAAAUGGCAUUUGUUUGCCAAAAGGAAAUGAGGAUCCUGAAGGGCAAGGUGUGGUUACUGGAUGGGGACAUGAACGUUCUUGGGGAUACAACUCAGACAUUCUGAAGCACGUGACCAUUCCACUAGUUAACAGAGCUGUAUGUGACCGGGCCUAUGGUGGAUCCAUUCGAGAAAUGAUGAUUUGCGCAGGAUCAACGAACAAAGACACUUGCCAGAACGAUUCCGGUGGACCUCUCUUCCAAGUUAACAGUGAUGGCAUCGCAACUCUUGUCGGAAUCACUUCUUUUGGGAGAGGAUGUGGGUUGGAAGGUUAUCCGGGGGUGUACACCAAAGUUUCACACUUCCGAGAUUGGAUGGCUACCACCAUGUCCUCUUAAGUGUCCAACCGACAGCACAAUAAGAAUUUGCAUUGUCACGAAUCAAUAAAAUGAGUUUUUAUCUUCAA